GAUCUCAUCCUAUUUCUGUUACUGUUGAUGAAGAACAAAUACAAUCAGAAGAAAGUUCAAUGAAAAAGAAAGAAUUGAUUGUUGUUAUCGAGUCACUUAUUGGAUCUUUAAAUGAGACUAAUCGGCCACAAUUCAGAAGGUUAAAAAUAAAAAAAAAAGAAGAUUUAUUAAUUAUUUUACAACAAGUUUGA